AGUAGUAAUUGCACUCUGUCAAGAUAUCUAAUGUAUAAUGGCUGUUCUUGUUUGUUCACCCUCAGGUUUACCUGAGCCUGUCCUGCACCUUGUCCCUUCAGAAGUCGUUGCUGGUUCCAUGGUGAUGGUCAACUGUACCUCUGAUGGUCCUGUGUCCCCGAGGGUUGUCAUGCGGCUUAAAAAUAACAGAGAAAUUCUACCUUCCAGAGACUUGGACAACCUUUUUGUGCAACAUGAAGUGAAAACACACAAAGAGGAUGAUGGGAGGGAAUUUGUGUGCAAAGUGCAGUGGAUGAUUGAUGGGAAGCAUGUUGUGAAACACACUGCUAAAAGUCUCACUGUCUUCUAUGGUCCCAGGAUGAAUGGUUCUUGCCCUGAUAGGUUAACAUGGAAGGAGGGCGACAUGGAAACAUUGACCUGUUCAGCCUAUGGAAACCCACCACCAACUGUUGAAUGCAAGAAAGAUGGCACAUCUUAUAGUAUUGGGAUACCAAUACCUAUCACCAGAGAACAUGAUGGAAUGGUUCACUGCUGUGCCACUAAUCCACAUGGCUUUGAUGAGAAGGUUGUGACCAUAGUUGUUGAAUUUUUUCAAUCCAACUUCCCUGUAAUUAUCUUGCCAAUGGUCGCUUUGGCAAUUCUUGCUGUUAUGUUUGCUGUAGUCUACUAUAAGUACUACACAACACAAAAAUGUGGGAAAUACAAUCUUAAAAAACCACAGCCUCAGCGAGAAGCAGGAAAUGCUGCAGAGGAAAAGCGCCUAAAUGGCGACACAAGUGUUUAAAUGGACAGGUGGCUGCUGGGAACUCAAGAGAACAGUCCCGUCGUCCAUGUGAAGCUGUACCUAUUCUUUAUGGUCAUUCCCCUCUUGAUCUGAUGGGAAGGGCAAGAAAUGGGGAAAGCCUUCACCAGGUGCUGAAAAAUUGAUUGGCAGCGCUGCAGCUGGACUUUUGAGGAGAGCGGGUUUUUGCACUUUCAUACAGAGGAUUGUAGCAUUCACUACACAGGAGUCUCCAGAGAGAUGGACUCCAGGAUUUGCUUCAGGCUGCCUCUCUAUUCAAAGUUGUCCUCCAGCCUCACGGCUCCAGAAGAGGUCAAACAACUGCAGAUACCUUGGUUAAAACCUGAUUGCAUCCAAAAGGAUUUGGCUGGAUGCAAGCUUGAACGCACCACAAUUGCCAUUCUUUCCCCAGCAACAUAGGUUGUGUUGAUCCUUCUUUGUACCAUCCAGGUGCUUGGGGAUUUUAAACAGUUGUACAAACACAUUGCUCUGUGAAAAUAUGGUUGUCAUUGUCACUGCUGACACUGCUCCUUGCCCUGUUUUUCACCUGAUGUCCUGGGAGGCCUUUUGCAGCACAUGUUUGAACUUCAAGAAAGGCCUUUUACAGCAUGUGUGAUGGCAAAGCCCGGAUCAAAACAGCAGGAAAUCCAGGGUGUUUCCUGGUGCAUAAAGUCAGGAUUCUGUUUAAAUAUUCUGCAUGCCAUAACUCUUAGGCUGACUCUUUUUUAAGAAUGUGAAGCUGAAUUCCCUUCCUAGCCAGAAGAUUUGAAAGAUAGGUGUAGAAUGCAGGCAUGCCACCGUCUGAGAUUGAAAGCAAGAUCCCUUUAGGAAGGGUGUGCCUUUAAAAGAUCACUUGGAGGUGCUAGAUCAAUGGUUCUCAACAUGGAGUUCCCAGAUGUUUUUGCCUUUAACUCCCAGGAAUCCUAACAACUGGUAAACUGGCUGGGAUUUCUGGGAGUGGUAGGCCAAAAACAUCUGGGAACCCCAGGUUGAGAACCACCGUGGCAAAUGUAUGUGUGCACACUCUGAGUUUAACACCUCUGCUGGUAUAAAUUAAUCCAAAUCAAGCCUUUGUCCAUACACAAAGCUAAAGCGAAAUUUAACUUAAACUUGCUCUGCAGUAUGAGUGUAAAAAACCAAAACUAUUGUCUCAAAGAUACAGUCUCCUGUAUUCUGUUAUACAUGCAUCAGAAUUUAUCCAGAAAGGAGGAAAGGCUCUGGAAGUAUUGAGAUGCUCCUUUUGAUUUUUCCUGUAUGGUUUUGAAUCCACAUUCUUUCUUGAAAUAUUUUAAUUUUCUGUCCUUUUUGCCUUGCGUCUUCAUCCUCUAAUCCCAUGUCUCAUCUAAACUCAGGUAGCUUUUCAGAAAUUGGCUUUGACCACUUCCAUUGAGCCCUUUUAAAUUAUUAUUCGAGAUUUACAAUCCAUGUUUUCAAGUGCUUUCACUAUUUAAAAGUUAUGAUCAUUUUCUUUCAAGCAUUCCACUUAAUCUCUGUUGAAUCUGCUAUCUUGAAAUCAGUCACUGGGGCCCCUUCUACACUGCCAUAUAAUCCAGUUUCUAAUCCAGAUUAUCUGAUUUGAGCUGGAUUAUAUGGCUGUAUAGACUCAUAAUCUAGUUGUAAGCAGAUAAUCUGGGCUCAGAUACUGGAUUAUAUGGCAGUGUAGAUACAGCCUGGAUUUCUUAGUAAUAGCCAUCUUAGUUCUGGUAUAACAAAAUGAGGAAGCAUAUUUCAAAUCAGGAAAUACAGGUCAAGCAUCCCUUAUUCCUAAAUCCAAAACUGCCCAGCUAGGGGACUGGGAUAAUGAUACCUAUGCUAUCUGAUGGUACACAAACUUAGCUUCAUGUACAAAAUUUUAAAUAUUGCACAAAAUUACCUUCAGAAUAUGUGUAUGUAUGUGUAUGCAAAACAUUCCAACAUCCAAAAACAAGUAAAAGGCUUCUGGUCCCAAGCAUUUUGGGUGAUGGAUACCCAACCUGUAGUGGGUUAAAUUAAACUGAUCUGGGGACUGGGAAUGAAAAGUCCUUUCGGGUCCUUCCUUAAAAAAAAGGGGGCGGGAUUAUGUCGAGCUCCAAAAUAAAAUGUACAGGAGCAAAACUUAGGACUUUCAUACUUCUUUCUUGUCUGGAAAGGCUCUAUGUUUCUCAUGCAAGGGUGCAAGGGAGAUUUAAAGCCACAGUCAUUGUAGAAACACCCACAUGACUACCUCAUGAAUAAUGUUUUUUUUUCUAGGUAUACAUGUAAUAUACGUGAAACAGCCUUUGAGCAUAAGACAAACAGAGGAAAAAACACAGGUUCUUGAUUUUGCCAGUAUGACAGCUUUUGAACUUUGAAAGUCUGUCACUGAAAUCCACCAUGAUGUAUAAAAGUAUUUUACUAUUUAAGUGUAUGGCUUGAAUUGCUCCAAUGCUACAGUUUAAUUGAAGGGGUUGUAAAUUGUGUACCAAUCCCACUUUCACACACCAACAUGCCAUUCUAAUAUUAUCACACAAUUUGUUUUUAUAAGAAUGUUUCAUUGAAAGGAAGUUUCAUUGAAUCCCACCCUGGGAGAGUGCAGAUGAGCUCCCUCUAUCAGCUCCAGCUCCAUGCGGGGACAUGAGAGAAGCCUCCCACAAGGAUGGUAAAAAUAUCAAAACUUCUGGGCGUCCCCUGAACAACGUCCUUGCAGACGGCCAAUUCUCUCAUUCCAAAAGUGACUCAAGUUGCUCCUGACAUGAAAAAAAAAAAAUGAAAGGAGAGAAAUGUGGAUUCCUUAAUUUGGCAUAAGCUAUCAACUGGGUACUUGAAGACAAAACAGUAGUGAGUGGUGAUGGAAAUAUAAUGAAGCUCAAAAAACACUGUAUUUUUUAAAUUUUGUAAAAUAAACAUUUACUUCAACA